AUGAAACUCGGCCGGUUGGGAAAAAUCGCCCUUAUCGUUCUGGUGGUGUUGAUAGCUGCGGCGGCCAUCGGUCUCAUUAUUUAUUUUGUGGUCUAUGGGAAGACGCCAUUCUAUUACCACAUCCGCUUUAAAAUCACUAACGUUGACUACGACACCAACUUUGAGAAGCUGCACUCCCCAGAGUCUCUAAAACUUGGCGAGAGGAUAGAGUCUUUGGUGAAUGAAAUAUUUCAAGGUUCCAAACUGAGAAGAUUAUAUGCCAACUGCCGUCUUGUCAAAAUCAGCCGGGCCGAUGCCCACGUGAUGGUGUAUGCUGUGCUGAAACUCAAGUCCUGCUACACCAACAAUCAAGUGAUGUUUCGGGAAAGGACGGAAAACAUUUUACUUCAGAAACUGAAAGGUGACACAGGUUCCUUAUGCAUAGAUCCCUCGUCAUUCCAACUCACGGGCUGCGGGCGGCGGACCGUCAAGCAGCAGCCCGCGAUCCUCUCCAUCGGCGACCGGAUCGCCGGGGGCCUGGAUGCCCGGGAGGGAGAGUGGCCGUGGCAGGCCAGCCUGAAACAGAACAACGUCCAUCGCUGCGGGGCCGCGCUGAUCAGCAACAGCUGGCUGGUGACCGCCGCGCACUGCUUCCGGAACGCCAACGACCCCCGCCAAUGGAGCGUUAGCUUCGGGCUCCUCUUAAGCUAUCCGAAAAUGAGGCGAAAAAUCAACACCAUCAUCAUCCACGAGAAGUACCGCUACCCCGCGCACGACCACGACAUCGCCUUGGUGCACCUGUCCACGCCGGUGCUCUACUCGAACGUCAUCCGCCGCGUCUGCCUCCCGGAGCCCGGUCAUUACUUCCCGCCCAAUUCAGACGUGGUGGUCACGGGAUGGGGGUCGUCCAGGACCGACGGAGCAAGCCCUAACAUUCUCCAGAAAGGGGCAGUGAAAAUCAUCGAUACGGAGACGUGCAAUAGAGAAGAGGUGUACAGUGGCGUCAUCGCACCGGGAAUGCUGUGCGCUGGCUACCUGGAAGGCAACGUAGAUGCCUGUCAGGGCGAUUCCGGAGGGCCUUUGGUGGGCUCGGACGCUCGAGACAUGUGGUAUCUCGCUGGAAUAGUCAGCUGGGGAGAUGAAUGCGCUCUGCCCAACAAGCCUGGCGUCUACACUCGAGUGACUUACUAUCGCGACUGGAUCAAGUCCAAAACGGGCCUCUAGUACAGUUCUUCCUCUGGACGAAAGAAAGGGCACUGACAAAUCACGUCGGCUCUUAGCUCUCAAUCCACACUUCAUCCCACGCUCUCUUUAUGCCCAUCUGAGAUGUAGAAUUUAAACACAUAUAAUGCACGAUUCGAAGAAGGGGCCUCAGCUUAAUUUCUCACCCACAUGAUUUACCCCAAUUUCCUUCAGAAUCCAUUUCGGCUUCCGAACGAUAUAGGGGUGAACUCGCCACACAAACCCCAAUUUUUGGAGGGCUUCGGGAAAAUCGAAAUGCGCAAACAAAUAUUGAAGUUGUAGCUAUGUCGUCUGGGUUUUUUAAUAAGAAGGAAUGAGAGUCAAAAUAAAACUUUCUGGGCAAAAUGCACGAGCAAAAUAAUGCGGUGGGUUUAGAAAUUCUCCCGGAACGGUAUACGAAACCAAAUCUGUCUUCAGUGAUUCUUCGAGGGCUGCAGUAGAAUCUCAUAAAAUGAUUUUACAGGACUUUGUAGCCGAGCUACAGAAACCCACAGGGGCAGCAUAGAAAGCAUACAUUAUUUUACAUUAAGCUACCCUAUGGGAUAAUUCAUCCAUGAUGCUCCUCCAUAAAGAGAAAAAGCCUGUCACUCUUUUCUGGAUCCUAAUCAACUCACCAGGCCCAUCUUAAAUAUUCCCAUUCAAAGGGAAAGGCUCGAAAUACAGCUCUGCCCUCCUACCGAACUUGGAAAAAUCAAGGCAUCGGGAAUAACUCUGGAAAAAGUGCCUGACACUUUGCAAAGGGAGUCAGAGAACGAACUCACAGCAGUGCGUAUCCUUCUGAAAUACAAAGUGAUUGUUUCUUUGGGAUUUUCACUGGGCGAAAAGCCACUUGAUAGAGCAGGGAAAUGCGCACUAUAAUUGGAUGGUGUAAAAGGAGGGCAGGAAGACACGCACCCUAGUCAGAUUUUGACUUAUUUGUUUCCAGCUGGCCAACUGCUGUGUAGAUGUUAUUGUGCUUCUUACCUAACACCUGCACGUCCCACCCUGUGGGGUUCUUGGGAUCGGGUGGGUCAAGGGUUAUGGGUGCGGUCCAGUAUUUGUGGAUUCGUUUCUUUAAUACGUGAUUGGCCAGUGUACUUUUGUAACCAGAUCUCAUCUUUCCAUGUUUCUGCCACGCCCUUUAUUUGAAAAAUUUUGUCAGAGCUGCGACCAAAGUACUUCAGAGUACUGUGGUCAUAUCACAGGGCCCAAAUCAGGCAUCUGGGGGACUUCCUCAACUGUGUGGUGCUUUGGGGGUGUUCCCGGACUAUCAGGGAGCUUUGGGUUGGCCCAGGUGACUUCCAGGGACCUCUUGGGACUGUAAGCCCCUUGGCGGAGGGAAAUGAGCAGAUAUGCCCCACCACACGCACGCCCACAAAUGGUCCAGAGUAUACCUAAACCCCUCUCAGGACGCCUAUGAGAUGUGGGAGAAUUUUGGACAGGAUGUGAUAAGUUUGGGAUGAAACUAGGCUUCUGGAUAUUCCCCUUGCAAUGUUCUGGGGCCCAUCCAGACUCCACAGAGAUCAAUCAAUAACCAUCCAGCAUAGCGUAGUGGAUAGAGCACGGGCCUGGGAGUCAGAAGGU